CCGGUCAUCCUGCUGCCGCAGCAAGCUGCUUCCCAAGAGCUGCAUGCUCCUUCGCUCGCAGCCCCCGAUGAGGAUGGAAAGACGGUCUCGCAGCUCCUCCAAGGAGUCCCACAGGAGGAACAGGGAGCCUGCAGACUCACGGGGCAGGAGAGAGAAGGUGGAGAGCAGAAGAGCAGCCAGCAAGGACAGAGAGGGGCUCAAGAGGGGGAAAGCCAAGGAGGGCAAGAGCCCCAUGGAGACAGACAGCAGGGUGCCGAGUUCCACAGUGGUAGAUGUGGACGAUGUGGUGUCUUUCGAUGAGGAAACAGAGGUGAUGGCACUGCUGGAAAGCGAGCGACAAGAGGAAGGGAUGACAUCUCCCGGUCGAGGUAUCUGUGAGUGGCUUCUUACCAUCUUGUCCCUUCUCUUCAUCAUAGUGACCUUCCCCAUUUCUGUCUGGUUCUGCAUGAAGAUCGUGCGGGAGUACGAGAGAGCCAUCGUGUUCCGACUUGGGCGCCUCCUUCCCGGAAGGCCCCGAGGGCCCGGCCUUUUCUUCUUCCUUCCCUGUCUGGAUACAUACCACAAGGUAGACCAUCGCCUCAAAACCCUAGAGAUCCCCUUCCAUGAGGUGGUGACCAAAGACAUGGUUACCGUGGAAAUAGAUGCUGUCUGCUACUACCGGAUGGAAAAUGCCUCUCUCCUCCUAACCAGCGUGGCCAACCUCUCCAGCGCUGUUCAGCUGCUGGUACAGACAACCAUGAAGCGCUUGCUGGCCCAUCGAUCCUUCAGUGAAAUCCUCCUGGAGAGGAAGAGCAUUGGCCAGGAAAUGAAGGUUGCCUUGGAUGCAGUCACAUGUCGCUGGGGAAUCAAGGUGGAGAGAACAGAAAUCAAUCAUGUGCGGCUGCCGGCUGAACUGCAGCAGUCCUUGGCAAUGGAAGCAGAGGCCCAGAGACAGGCCAAAGUGCGGGUGAUCGCUGCCGAGGGGGAGAAGGCUGCCUCUGAAUCCCUGAAGAUGGCAGCCGAGAUCUUAGCCAGCUCCCCAGCUGCUGUCCAGCUCCGUUACCUGCACACGCUGCAAUGCCUGUCUGCUGAGAAACCUUCCACCAUCGUCCUCCCUUUGCCCUUUGACCUAAUGAAUCUUGUAUCUGCCGCUAGCCACAACUCCACAGGCAGCAGCCUUCCCACCAGCGCUCCCAACCACCCUGAGGCUCCAAAGGACAAGAAGGACUCCCCCAUGCUAUAGAGCCAUGCCACGGGGAGCUGGCACCCAGAUGGCGCUGCCACGCCAAUGGACACCUUCUACCAGAUCACUUAUCUUCAAACAAGCACCAUGGAUUGGCCUGCACCAUGCCAGCCCUCCAGCAUGAACUGUGGAGGGGUUGGGAUGGGCAGCAAGCAGGGACCUGUAAUAUAAAGUGGGCUGGACACAGAAGUUUGAGUUUGCUUUGAAGAAACAUUCUGGCUCAUCCCGUGUGUGGGGCACUGGAAUGGAGCUAGGGGUGGGGACAGGGACGGGAGCUUCCUCUGCGUCUCACCAUUUCAUUGCUCCUUUCACCCUGCUGUGCUGAGGAGCAGAGGGAUGGUAUAACUGCUUCCCCCAACCCCAGAGCUGGAGCCCU